AUGAAUAAUAAAUCAUUAAUCUAAGUUUAAGUCAAUGAUUAUGUGGAGACCCCAUAAAACAAAUCGCACAGAAAGUUGAUAUCAAAAAAAAUCUAACCUUACAUGAAGGCUUAUGGUUUGAAGCCAGAGUUCUUCGAAGUCAAAGGUAAGUAAGUAGUAUUUAAAAUAAAUAACUCUACCAAUCUUAGCAACCUCAAUAAAACAAUGUUUUCUUCAAUGCCUUCUACGAAACGACUGACCUAAAAGAAGGCUCCUUCUUAAAAGAUUGAAUCUGUCAAAAGGGCAGUUGUUUCCUUGUCAGAUUUUCAGCUUUUGCCUCUUACGACUAAAUAUGCUAACUUAUUCUAAGAGAUUUAAAAUAGUUAGGUUUCUUUAAUUCAAAGUUAGUGCCAUGAUUCAGCAUCUGCAAUAUUCAGAUAAAGCCAAGAUAAUUUUCAAGAUAGAAGCCAACAUUAAAGACUUGAUUCUCUUAAACAAAGCAUUGUCGAACUUGAAAAGUAAGAUAUCAUUUUGAUAAAGGAUUAAAUAAGUGAAGAUUGACGAAUUGUAGAAUUUGUAAGAGAGAAUUGAAUCAGUUAAAAAGAUAGAACAGAUUAAUAAUUCUUAGAUAAUAAUACAAGGCAACAAAAAUCUAAAUAAAAGGCAAGUUCGAUUUAAGGCAGCGACAACUAUUCAAGCCUAAGUAAAAAGUUGGAUAGCACAAAAGAAAUUUAAUGAAUGGAGGAAGAAGAAACUAGAAAAAUUCAGAAGGAUCAUUAUAAUCUAGAAAUGGUGGCAAAAAUAAUUAAAACUUAUAAAAAAAAAGGAUAAAUUUGAAAUAGGACACAAUGAUAAAAGAUUGAAGGAUAUAGAUGAUCAUCAGUUCAUAAUACUAUCAAACUAUUCAUACAAAUUGAAAAGGAUUAGGAUUUUAUUAGUUGAAAGAAAAGGUAAGCACAAAUAAGAUUUUAGAUUAUAUUUAAAUAUUAGUAAUUGUUAAUCGAUAUUAAAUGAAGAAAUAACUAAGGAUUCUUAUGAAUUCAAUAUUUUAAUAGACUUGAUUACCAAUUAGAUAAUCAAUAUUAUACAUGUUGAAAAUAAUCAACUCAAAAUUGAUUUGGAAUCAAAGAAUUUUAUAUAUAUUAAUAGAUUACUUUUAUAAAUUGAAAUCUAAAUAACUUAGAUUAUAGGAAAUAAAUACCAUAUUUUAAUAUUAAGGUAAGAAUUACCUGUUCUCGAAAAUUAAGAAUAAUAGAUUUAAUAAAGUUAAUAAUUAGAAAAUAAUGAAUCAAUAGAAAAUGAGAAUACAAAAAAUUAAGUAUUUCAUGAGGAAAUACCAAAAUCAUAAUUUAAUAGUUAAGAUUCAAAUGAUAUUCAACUUUAAAUAUUUAUAGAAGAGAAUAAUUAACCAUAAUCAGAUGAGAUGUAAGAAUAAUAAUUAGAAGAGAAGUAAGAAUAAUAAUCAGAAGAAAAUCAUUAACCAUAAUUAGAAGAGAAGUAGGAAAUAUAUAUAGACCAGUAGAAUGAACAUUAAUAAGAUGAGCAUCGCAAAACAUAUUCAGAAGAGAAACAUGAAUUAUAAACAGACCAAAAUUAAGUACCAUAAUCGAAUGAGAAGCAUCAAUCGGACUCAGAAGAGAAGCAUGAAUAGUAUUCAGAAGUGAAUCAAGAGAACGGAAAUUAGUAAAUCAAUCAAAACGAAAAUGAGUAAAGCAAACAAGAUUAAUAUAUUGAAUAAGAGGUAGAAUAUUAUAAAAUUAAACUAAUACCUACUGAUACUGAUCACAACAAAAAUGAAUAGUUCUAUACUAAUCAAGUUGUGGAAGAGGAUAAGAACAAAUCAAAUUUUGAAGAUGAAAAAUAAAACUUAAUUGAUUAAGCUGCUCUCAUUAGGAAUAAAGAAGAGAAACCAAAUCAAAACGAUUCAAAUUAAUGGAAUUCAAUAAUUGAUGAUUACCCUAAGUAAGAUUUAAAAUAAGACAUACAAGAGUAUUAAAGUCAAACUAGUAAUAAUGAAUAAAUUGAUGUUGAGUAAGUGUAAUUUGAGGAUAAAAACUAAGAAAUCUAAUAAUUAAAUAUUUAAGAAUCUAUAGUCCCUGAAGGACAACAAGAUUAUGAGUUCAAUGUUCAUAUCUAAGGUUCUAUCGAAUAAGAAGCAUAUAAAGUUAAUAAUUAAAAAGAAGAGGAUAUAGAAUUACAUUUAAUAGUAUAAAAGAUAGAGGAAACUCAAAAUUAAACUAAUAUAGGUUUGAGUUUAGAGAUAUAAAAGAAUGAAGAGAAUAAUAUAGACUAUGCAUAGAAAGAAUCAAUAAAAAAUGAUGAUCAAAACAAUUAAAAUAAUUAAGUAUCGAAUUUAGAAUCUAUCCAAGUAAAUUAGCCAGUUGAGCUCUAAGACCCUAAAGUUGAAGUUUAACUUAAUAGAAGUAGAGAUUCCAAUUAAUUUGAAACUUUAAUUUAAACUUAAUAGGUUAUUAACUAACCGGAGAAUUCAAAAAUAAACGACUUUAUUGAAAAUAAAGAUAAUAAUGAUUUGGAAAAUAAAUCAAUGACUGAAUCUGUGGAAUUAAAACAAUAAAAUGAUAAUAUUUAAGUCUCAUAAGCAGAAGAUCAUGAACAAGUUGAUGUUUAAGAGAGAUAAGAAUUCGAUCAAUCCGAAAUAAGGAAUCAAGAGAAUUAAACAAUAAAGUUUUAAUUUAGCACAGGAUUUUUAAAUUCUUAGGGUGAGUAUUUAACAUCCUAAUAAUUUAAUAUUUCAUUUUAAGAAUAAGAUUCUUUAGAAUAUUCUGCUGACAAUUCUAGAGAAUUUUAACCAGUUUAUGUAACAACCUUAGUUGUAGAAAACAUAGAAAUUGAUGUUUAUUAGUCAAACUUAAGGUUGACAUUCAAGGACAAGAAUAAAGAAUUUGCUGAAUGUAUUUUCAACAUGCCAAAAAAAUUCCAAUCUUCUUUAGAUUUUACUAAAAAUAAUUUAUAUGUGUAUAUAAUGGAAGGUCACAUAAGAUGUUUGGAAGUUGAUUAGGGCAUGAAGAUUUAAAGGUUUGUUCGUAAAAUGAGAUUUAUAAAAUCAGUCUUAUUUUAAUUGAACUAAGACUUAUUCUUGAUAAGUCUUCAUAGAUCAAGUAAGCAUCUUUAUUAAAUUAGGUUACGCGAUGUAAAUUUUCAUUUUCAAAAAUGGUAGACUACAAGAAGAAGUAACAUUGAGAAAGCUAAGCAAAUAAUGUAAAUUAGGUUUAAAAAAAUACUUUUUGUCCAUAGGCCCUUAGCUGAUAUUCUCUUAAGGCUAUCUUGAAGAUACUGUAUUAAGUAUAUUAGAGAAUCUAGGUUGCAAAAAUUGA